AACUAAAUUUUUUCAAAAAACUCAUAUGUUCUUCUCCAAGCUGGAUUGCAGAUGCUUCUGCCGCAGCCCCUUCUUCAUUUCGAAAACCUAAUUCCUAAAUAAAAGACAGAAAGGGAGAGAGCGCGCGAGCUGCUGCCGAACUAACACCAUCACUGCCGAAGCCAACGCUUGUUAGUUAUUGUAUAAAUUAAUUUGUGAAAAACAAUGGAUAGUAGAAACUUGAAUCUUUUAGAUGAGGCGUUAGGGUUAAAUAAUCAAGCAAAGGAAGCUUCAAAUUCGUGGCCUUUGAGAGGGAAAGUGAUUCUAAUUGAAGAUUGCGUGGAGACAAGUGGAUCAUUUGUACUUCACCAUUUAAUUAAGCGAAUUUUGUCUCCUAAUUACAAUUCUUCCAAUGUCAUCAUCUUCAUUGGAUUGUCUAAUCCUUUCUCUCACUACGACCGUGUUCUGCGUAAGCUGGGUUGCAAUUUAGCUGCACAAAAGGAUGGUGGCAAAUUCUUCUUUUUUGAUAUGUUUAAGCUGCAAAGUUCAGAUGGAAAUGAAGGAAAAAAUGGCGAAACAGGAUUUAUAUCAUUGUUUGGAAAAAUACAAAAACUUUUAUGUGCUCUACCUGAAAACUACAAGAAUCAAGUCACAAUCAUGAUAGAUGAUGUGUCUCUUAUGGAGGUGGCUGCUUAUGGCUCUUCAGAUCAUGCCAUAGACUUCCUGCAUUACUGCCACACUCUAACAUCAGAUUUUGGUUGUUCAUUAGUAACACUCAACCAUAAGGAUAUAUAUUCUGCCAUGGAGAGCCCAUCAUUUCUUUUACAGAUGGAAUAUUUUGCAGAUGUUUUGGUCAAGGCUGAACCUUUGGCUACUGGUUUGGCAGCUGAUGUGCAUGGGCAGUUGACAGUUUUAAACAUGGGAAUAUACAGUAGUAAAGGGAACUCAAAGAACAAAACAAGCAAUUUCCAAUUCAUGGUCAAGGAAAAUAGUGUUGAAUAUUUCUAUCCUGGGAGUCGAACUUGAUAAUUAUUUUUGGAUUUAUAAUCCGAAAGAAAUAGAUUAGGAAAACCGACACUACGAUUUUGUGUUUCGGAAUUGUUGUCUUCUCUAACACUUGGCUUCAGAUCUACUAAGAUGGCAAGCGGUUGUACGCAAUUUUAUGAAUCCUGUAUUUGUUUAAUUUUGGGAAUUCACGAGUGAUUUUCAUCCUAUAGCUAAACAGGCUUUAAUGUGUACUAAAA